GUGUUGGGGUCUCACAGCCCCCAUGUGGGGGUUCAGCGCGGCAGGGACCCUCACGCUGUGCCCCCAGCAGGUGGGAUCUGCUGGCUGCAGCAGGGGAAGGAGGCCAAGUGCACCAUGAUCCUGCGGACGGGUGUGACAUGGGAGGAAUGCUGCGCCAACGGCAACGUGGAUGUGGCCUGGUCCAACUACACCUACCCAGGCAACAAGAUCAGCCUGCUGGGCUUCCUGGGUCUGGUCACCUGCCACCCCUGCAAAGAGAGCUGCGAGGGGGUGGUGUGCGGCCCCGACAAGGUCUGCAGGAUGAAGCAUGGGCGGCCGCAGUGCGCCUGUGCCCCCGACUGCUCCAGCCUCCCCCGCAAGCUGCAGGUCUGCGGCUCCGACGGCUUCACCUACCGCGAUGAGUGCGAGCUGCUGACAGCCAAGUGCCGCGACCACCCUGACCUGGAAGUGAUGUACCAGGGGAAGUGCAAAAAGUCCUGCUCCAGCGUGGUGUGUCCCGGCACCCACACGUGCGUGGUGGACCAGACGGGCAGCGCACACUGCGUGAUGUGCAGAACCGCUCCCUGCCCCGAGCCCACCAGCCUGGACCGUGCCCUCUGUGGCAACAACAAUGUCACCUACCCCUCG